CCUAUGACUUACGUGGAAUAAAUAAUAGACAAAAUUCUUUAGAUAUUUUCCUUUUAAAAAGAACUUUAUUAAUCUCAUAUCUAGCUGCCAAGAACAUAUGUAUACAUGUGAUGUGCACUGGCUUUGAUAUCGGCCCGACUUACACUGAGAUACUGUUUAGACCAAAAGCUGAUAGAAAUCAAUAUAUCUACGAAUAAUUAGAUUAUCAAAGAGCGAACUAGUCUCCUAAUCCGAUAAAGCCCAUAUCACAUAGAGACAAAUUUUUAUUCUACAAAAAUAUCAGAGAUUUCCUUAAUUAAUUUGACUGGUUAGAUAAUAUCGAGAAGAUAAAAUAAUAGGCCAGUGUAAACCAGGCUUCUCCGCUGUCUGAUCAAGCCCGGUAAAUCUACUAGAUACAGUUGAAUGCCCUAGGCACGGCUAGGCAGAGUGUGGUGUCGCAAAAGAAUAAAGAUUCGAGCAAAAAAUGGAUGCUUUAAAAAACAGUAUCAUAAAAUGGCUAGAAGAUAAUCGUUCUUUAGUUGUUCUAUUCUUCUGCCUACCUGCUAGUUACAUUUUUGAUAAAGUUCUUGGAAUUUAUAUUUGGAUAUAUCGUGAACUUUUUUACUCGAGCCAGAAACACGAUGAGAAAGUUAAGGUUAUACAGAGACAAGUACAAAAAUGGGCUGAACAGCCUCAAGCACAGAGAAAACUUUUGUGCACCGCUCGUCCUAAUUGGCUGUCACUUAGCACAACAUUUUUUAGAAAGGAUCUCUGUGAAAGGAUACCUAUACCCUUGUACGACAUUCUGCAUUUGAAUGAAGAGAAAAUGACAGUCAAAGUAGAACCAAUGGUAACAGUUGGUGAAAUAACGAAUUAUCUAAUCCCACGCGGUUACACGCUAGCUGUAACAUUGGAAAUCAAAGAUGCCACAUUAGGAGGUCUUGCUAUAGGUACUGGAAUGACUACCCAUUCUCACAAGGCUGGCUUGUAUCAAGAAACCAUUAAAUCUUACGAGGUAAUCCUAGGCGAUGGGAGUUUAGUGAAAGCCACCAAAACAGAAAAUAAAGAUCUUUAUGCAACUUUGCCAUGGUCACAUGGUUCUCUGGGUUUCCUGGUAGCACUUGAACUUGAAAUAAUAAAGGUUAAACCCUAUGUAAAAUUGACCUAUGCACCAGUAAUAGGUCAAAAAAAUUAUUGUCAUGCUGUAAGAGAUGCUUCAGGAGCAAAUGGCGAGAAGCAGGAUAUACCAGAUUUUGUCGAAUUGACAAUAUUUAGUAAAACGGAAGCAGUUCUCAUGUGUGGUGAUUUUUCUGAAAAUGAUCCAAAUUUACCAAUUAACAACUGUGCAAGAUGGUACAAGCCCUGGUUCUAUGAAUACACCAGACAAUUUUUAGAAUCUGGUCCUUAUCAGGAAUUGAUACCAUUGAGAGAUUAUCUAUUGAGACACAACAGAUCAAUAUUCUGGGUAGUGCAAGACAUGUUACCAGCUGGUAACAAAUGGUGGUUUCGAUAUCCGUUGGGAUGGUUAUUGCCACCAAAACCUGCUUUUUUAAAAUGGACCACAACUCCUGGUGUUCGAGAAUAUACUUUCACAAAACAGGUUUUUCAAGACAUAGUUUUACCAAUCAGCGAACUGGAAAGACAAGUCGACACGGCUGUGGACCUUUUCCAAACUUUUCCCCUUUUGGUUUAUCCAUGUCGUGUUUACGCUCGUGGCAAAGGUUCCGGUCAAGUUCCGUCGCCGGACAAGAAGUACUUGGUUUCCGGUACAAACUACGCCAUGUACAACGAUCUUGGUAUUUAUGGAGUGCCAGGACAAGUGAAAAGCAAGACACCGUACGAUCCUGUAUCGGCCAUGAGGAAAAUGGAAAAGUUUACGAGGGACGUUGGAGGCUUCAGUUUUCUUUACGCUGACAUUUUUAUGACCAAAGAAGAAUUCGAGGAAAUGUUUGAUUUGAGUUUGUACGAGAAGGGACUCAAUGUCAAUCUGGGAAAAGCUCUUCAAUUUUUACGUGAAUACGAUAGAGAAGCAUCUAUCAUGUGUAAUGCAGUGACCAAUGCACAAUGGAAUUUUGCAACUAAUAUCACUGACUUGAAUCGUCGAAAAAUGUUGGAGGAGCAAACACGAAAAAUGAAAUUUGACAGAGCAUCCUGGCGCAAAGCUGUUAGCUUUGCUUGGAGUCGAGUUCCCGAUCCAUUAACUAGAAGACAACUUAAAAUGAUAGCUGUACGAGGAAGAAGUUCUUUGACCGAUGAUAAAUUCAAUGAGAUACAUCACUUGAUAGCAGAAAUGAAAGAAUUGUAUACUAGAACCAGAUUAUGUCCAUACAAAAAAAUGGGUAGUACUUGCAACUUCAGUUUGGAUAAUGAAGUCAGUAAAGUCAUGGCGCAAUCCAAAAAUUAUGAUGAACUGCUGUAUUAUUGGAGAUCUUGGCACGAAGCUGUCGGGCCGCCAUUAAAAAAUAAAUAUAUGAGAUACGUGCAACUGGCUAAUCAAGCAGCACGUUUAAACGGAUUUGCUGAUGCUGGAGAUCAGAUGAGAGAAGCUUUUGAGGAUGAUUAUUUUCAACAAAACAUAGCUGAGGCUAUUUCGGCCAUUACGCCAUUGUACAAGAAUUUAUUUACUUAUGUACGAACUAAACUUAUUGAACGUUAUGGUGAUAAGAUUAGAAGGGAUGGUCCAUUACCGGCUCAUAUACUAGGAAAUAUGUGGGCUCAAAAUUGGGAAGGGAUUUAUGAUAUCGUACAGCCAUUUCCUGCUGCCCGAAAGUUAGACGUUACUUUAGAUAUGAUACUGGAAGGAUACACGCCAUUAAGGAUGUUUCAGGAUGCACAGAAAUUCUUUACCUCUAUGGGAAUGAAGCCUAUGCCACCAGAAUUUUGGAGAUACUCUAUUUUCGAAAAACCUAUUGACAGAGAGAUCAAAUGUACAGCCAGUGCUUGGGAUUUUUGUAAUAGAAUUGAUUACAGAAUUAAACAGUGCACCAAAGUUACAAUGGAGGAUUUCUUAUCCACUCAUCAUGAAAUGUCACACUUGCAAUAUUAUUUACAGUAUAAAGAUCAGCCAUUAUUGUUUCGACAAGAAGCUCUACCAGGUUUUCAUGAAGCAGUCAGUGACGCUAUAGGUUUAUCGGUUUUUACACCUAAGCAUCUGCACGACAUUGGACUUUAUAAUAAUUCCACAGAUGAUUACGAGAUGAAUAUUAAUUUUCUAAUGCUAAUGGCUCUGCAGAAAGUAACUUACAUGCCCUUUGCUUACAUAGUAGAUCAGUGGAGAUGGAGGGUUUUCAGUGAUGGUGUGGCAGAUAUGACAACGAGAUGGUGGGAAUUAAGAUUGCAAUAUCAAGGAAUAGUACCACCAAUAUCAAGAUCAGAAAGAGAUUUUGAUCCAGCAUCCAAGUAUCAUGUCCCCGCCGACAUACCUUAUGCUAAAUAUUUCGUCGGCGUUGUAAUGCAAUUUCAAUUAUACGAAUCCUUGUGUGAAAUUUCCGGCCAUAUUGGCGAAUUACAUACGUGCGACAUUUACAACUCAAGAGAAGCAGGAAGAUUACUCUCCGACGUAUUGUCUGUGGGUGCUUCGAGAAACUGGAAAGAUGUUAUUAGAGAAUUAACUAGAGGUAAAACAAACCGGAUAGACGCAAGCGCAAUGUUAAGAUAUUUUGAACCACUGAAUGUAUGGCUCAAAAGACAAAAUCAAAUGGAGCCUGCUAUUGGAUGGAUCACUAAUCAUGAAGAUACAGAAAUUCUUACUUCUGUUUCAGCCCUAUUUGCGCAUUGGUAUAAAAGCACAGGGACCACUCAGAUUUCCGAUUUAACUGUUACAUUAUUAUUAAUUAUCUCAUUGUUUAAUUUAUUAGGAAGAUUUAUAAUUUAAAUUUUCUUUCACAAAGACUUGUAUAUAUAGCUUGCAAUUCUUACAAUUAGUGUCACUUGUACAUACUUAAGAUUGACACGAUUAAUCGAGUGUAUUUAUUGAAGUUGAGUAUCACUCUAAUUAAAUAAUAAAUCCAAAUUAUUAUUCAAGUGUAUAAUAAACA